ACCGGCUAGAACAAUUAUGGUAUCUCUCCAACGUAGCAAUUGUUUUCUCCCACACUCUUUCACUCUCACUACCUCUCUUUAUUUCCCUUACAUCAUUUUAUUUCUCUUUAUCCACACAAUGACGAGAACACAAACACAGACUAUACUUCUAUCUUUACUUCGCAUGCUUUACGAUGUCAUCACCUCCACGUCGAGGCAACAAAUUUCAAGGCAUCGCUUACAACUGGUGACCCCGAGCGAAAGAAUUGCUGCCUUCUGAAGCUAAAUUCCGAACGAAUUGGUGACUCCGUGUAAAGAGAAUUGCUACCUUCUGAUGCUACAUGCCGCUGCAUUUUUGCUGAUUUCGAACUAAAGAACUAUAGUCUUCAUAUCAACAGUCGCUGAACCAAAGGAAAAGAAUGACAACCUUCGUCACCACCAAGAUGCAUCCUCUUUCGACCUGCUACAAAAAGCUCUAUACUGCGAUCGACGCUACGAUGCACUUCAUGAAAAUGCAACACAGCCGACACAAGGAAUUUGCAGACCAUGGAAGCCACUAAAUGCAUCAUUUCGACAGUUACGUGCCCAGAAACUAAGCGGAAGAAAAUAUGGGAGCACACACGUACAACAUCUUCACAGCAAACUUGAACAAGAAGCGGGCGAAGAGUCGCUGGCCGGCGAAAUUCAUACAAGUUUUCUAUUUCAGAGAGAAGGUGAGAGAUAACUGGCAUGUGUGUAAGGGAGGGAGAGAGAAUGAGAAGGUGAGAGAUAGUUGGCAUGUGUGUAAGGGAGGGAGAUUGCUUGUUGUUUGCUGCUUACCACAGCCACUGUUAGCAUGCCAACUUCAAAAGAAAUCGUGCUCUCUCUAUCUCUUUCGCGUUCUUUCCCACUUCCCUAACCCAACACUUUUUACGGAAACUGCUGAAUUGAUGUAAACAAACUCAUGUGGUCUGAUUUUGACGUUUCUAGGUACUGUACCGUAAGAUCACCUAAAUGUAACGAAUGCCAUAGUUAUUCUCAAAUCUUUGGACAGGAAAAAUUUUUACCUUAAUCUAAACAGUGAAGAACGCCACAUCUACGACACCAAUAAGCUUCCAAUGGUUAAUUUAUAUUUAAGGUCUUUGGGGAUUCUCCCAGAAAAAUUAGAUACUCUGUCAAUUAUUCAUGUGACUGGAACAAAAGGAAAAGGCUCAACAUGUACUUAUACCGAAGAGAUUCUCAGAAGUAAACACUACAGAACUGGCCUCUUCAUGAAGAUUGUAGCCCGUUGUUGCCAAAUUUCUUCCAGUUUAUGACAGUCAUGGCCUUUUACAUAUUCCUCAAAGAAAACAUUGAUGUGGUUGUAUUGGAAGUUGGCAUUGGUGGUGAAAAUGACUGUACGAAUAUAAUUCGAAACCCUAUUGCUUGUGGCAUCACACAUCUUGACAUCGAUCAUAUAGACUAUCUUGGAGACACCUUGGAAAAAAUUGCCUGGCACAAAGCAGGUAUAUUCAAGCGAGGUGCAACUGCAAUUACAGUCUUACAACAAGAUGUUGCAUUGAAAGUUUUUUGUGAGAGAGCUAAUAAUAAAAUGUGUUCCCUCUACUUGGCACCCCAACUACAAAACUACAGCACCUCAAAGAACUGCCAAAUACUUGAAGAGAGAGAAGAUUGUGAACUUGAAAAUAUGUCACUUGCUAUUCAACUAGCGAGAGUGUGGAUACAGAAUCACAACAAAGUUGCAUCAGAGAGGAAAUGGGUGAAUCCCUUUGAGGGAGAGGAAAUUCCUGAGAUAGACAAAGAUGUGGCAGAUAUAGAGGAUUCUAUAACAAUACUGGAGCCUCUAAAAUUACCUGCAAGACUUCAAAUUUUCACAGAAGGAAAUAUUACUUAUUAUAUGGAUGGUGCACAUACAAAUGGAAGUAUGGAAUGUUGCUGUACCUGGUUUAAGAAGAAAUCUCAACAAUGGCCUAGAGAUCAGGACAGUAAUAUAAGAAAAGCAUUACUAUUUACUGUAAGUGGUAAACGAAAAGCAAAAGCAAUGAUGAAAAUAUUAAAGAAAUGUCAUUUUGACUUGGCCAUGUUUGCUUCCAACAGACUUCAUGUUGACGAUCAAACUGAUGAAGCAGGCCAAUACAAUGAUCUCGUGAUGACAUGGAUGUCUUUGUUUGAGAAGGAAACAGGUGAAACAAAGAAGACAAAAUUUACCAGUUACGAUACUGUAAAAGGAUUUUCAUGCAUUAGUAAUGCUCUGGAGUGGUGCCAGUUAAAUAUGGCCAAUAUUCACAAUGGAAAUCCAUUUGUAACAUCUGCUUUGAAAGGUGCAACUCAUUUACAGGUUUUAAUAACAGGAAGUUUGUAUUUAGUUAGUCAUGUUCUGAAAUCUUUGAAGCAGGUAAAUUAUGAUGAUUGAAAAGAAAUCCCAUAUGGUGUUGUUCUUGAAUAUGGAGCAACAUAAAACAUUAAUGAUAAUAUUUAUUUAUUUAUUUAAGACUUUGAUAUCUAACCCCACAAAUAUUUCUAUUUUGCCUUUUAUCUUUCUGAAGUUGAUAAAAAUAAGUACCAGUAAUAUAUUGAGAUUCAAUGUAAAAAUUCAUUUUGUAUGUGAAUCACAAAAUUACAAAGAAUAUUUAUUACAUAGAACAUGGUGAGCUGGCAGAAACGUUAGCACACUGGGUGAAAUGCUUAGUGGUAUUUCAUCUGUCUUCACAUUCUGAGUUCAAAUUCCACCAAGGUUGACUUUGCCUUUCAUCCUUUCAGGGUCAAUAAAUUAAGUACUGGGAUCGAUCUAAUCAACUGGCCCCCUCCCCCAAAAUUUUGGGCCUUGUGCCUAGAGUAGAAAAGAAUAUUCAUUACAUAUUUAUUACAUAUUUAUUACAUAGAUGCAUAAAAUAUCAAAUUUACACAGGUGUGAUGUUGUGGUAUUCAUUUAUUUCCCAUGAUCAUUGUACCAUUUAAAAUACUGAAAACAUUUUAGAAUACUGAAGGAAAAAUAAAAAUUGAUGACAAAACUA